AUGGACUUAUUUGGUGGAGGAGAGCUGGGGCUUUUGGGUGGAGGGGAGGGUUUGAGAGACGAUGUGGGUGUGGCAGGAAUCAACUGGACAGCCAAUCCACUUCCAGAUGACAUGUAUCCUGCAUCAGGAUUUGCCCUGGCAGCUGCCUAUCAUGACAUUAAGACACGGUUGGCCAGUCUGGAGAGAGAGAACAGCAGCAUCAAGAGGAAACUGAAACACUAUGAGGUCAAGUUUCCUAUGAUCAGUGGCUUUGGAGAGGAGAAGGUGUUGUGUUGUUCCUGUGAGACAGUUGUAAAAGAGACCAGCAGCACCCUGUCAGAAACCAACGACCUCCAGCAGAAGAUUAACUCUCUCACCCAGGAGCUUCAGGACAGUAAGGAGAGAGAGGAGAGGUUGGAGGAUGUUAUUCAGGCCUAUGAGAAAAUACACCUGGAGAAGACCAAUGUCCAGAGAGACCUGGACAAAAUGACUACCCUUGCAGAGCAACAUGUAGAGCGGAUCAGGAGUUUGGAGAUGGCUGUAAGAGAGCGAGACACCGCCCUGCAGAAACUCAGCAUCAAGCUGCACAAUAAGGAUGCCAGUUCUCCGGCCAACAGCAGCCUGAACGUGCCCAGAGAGAGCCGUGGGGCUACACUGCAGAGCUCCUGCAGUCUGGACGCCCUGUCAGACCUGAAGCUGCAGCGUUUGGAGGCGGAACUAGAAGGGGCAAGGCACAAGGUGGAGGGGGCGUGUCAGAGGGAGAAGGAGCUGAGGGUGGAGCUUCAAAGACUGCAGCAGGAAGUGGCACAACUACAGAAAGCCCAGAGACAGGAAAUGACAUCAUCGUGUGAACACUGUGACGUCGAGUGGAUAAAGAAAGCAGGAGAUGAACAGGUGAACUUAGCGCUAGCUUACACUGAGCUGACAGAGGAACUGGGUCGAGUUCACCGCCUGGCAGCCAAACAGAGUGAGCUCCUUCACCAGAACUCACAGGAGCCUGGUAGGCCAUAUACCUCCCAUCCAUCCCUCACCCCAGACAGGCUCUUCCCCUCCCCCUCGCCCCCCGCCUCCCCGGUGGAUGGCCCCACCUCUGCCUCCUACUCCCACCGACCAACCAGCAGCCGUCUCCGGGCAAAGUUCCAGGGUCGCCGUAGUUACUCAGAGGUGUCGGACCCCUCGGCCCUCCACAGGCUUUUGGCUGGUCCGAUGAGGGAUCCCGUAUCCACCCUCCCUAAGCCCCGGUCUCUGCUGGGCGGGAGUGGCGGGUACCCCCAAACCAAACCUCAGCUCCGCACCUCCCUUAUAGGACUGGUCCGACCGGCCUCUGCCCAUGGAGGAGGGGGGGAGAGAGGAGGAGGAGAGGGGGGAGGAGGAGGGAGAGGAGGGGGCAGCAGUCUCAGUAACAGCCCCCAUCAUCGGGCUCUGGACCUGGUGGACCUGGACUUUCCCCUGGCUGCUGAGGUGCACCAUUUCUGUCGACUUGAAGACCCCCCUGAGCCCACUCCACUGGUAACUCCACCCCAAUCCUCCGAUGAUGAAGAGGAGUGGGUGUGUCCUUCUCUAGUUGCCAGCCCACCUUGCCUGCUGGGUGCAACAGGGAUUGGCUCAUCGUCACCUAGGGAACAACCCCCCCAUCCCUCAUUCUCUGCCCCGGAGGGUGCGGCCACACUCUCCUGUCACCUGCCUGCCUACAUCAACAGUGAACAUGCUCAGUCCUGGCCUUCUAUCAACUUAUGGAUGGAGUCAGAGGAGAAUGCGAUGCGUAGCUGCCCUCUGUGUCAGCUGACCUUCCCUACUGGAUAUCCAGAUGACGCCCUGAUCAAACACAUUGACUCCCACCUGGAGAACAGCAAGAUCUAA